CUUCGGCGCGCUGCACGGCAUCAAGCGCGGCGGCGGCUCCUUCUUCAGGGUGCUGCAUCGGGGAGUUUCGCCGGCGCCCGGAUGAAUGCGGUGGUGGCCUUCCGCGUGCCAUAGGAUUUGCUCCCCCCGUGCCGAUGUGCGGCCGCCCCGGUGCUGCGUCGUCGUCGACGUGCAUCUCUGCCCGUCGUCUCCUCGUGCUCGUGUACCGUGGGCUCUCGUCGAUACCGGGGAAAAGGGAGGCGCGGACGUGGACAGGGAUAAGCAACUCCGUGGUGCUGCCGGCCUAAGGUGCUCCCCGGGUUGAAGCUGAGGGCAUCGCCGACAUGCGGUGGAGGACGUUCGUGCUCUGCCAUGUCACGCUACUGGCGUCCAUUUUGAAGACGACGAGGGCCGAAGCUGCCUGGGAGGGCAGCGACGGCCUGGGCCUGCCGGAGCCCCCUCGAGACAUGCCCCGCCUCGUCGGCGUCGAGGUGGCGUGCGGCAAGAGGCACAUGCGCGUGCAGCUACAGUUCAGCUCCGCCUUCCACGGCAUCGUCUUCUCCAAGGGACACCACGGGCAGCAGGACUGCGUCUACGUCCAGCCGCACUCGGGCAUCACGGCCGUCCACUUCGACGUCUUCUACGAUCGGUGCGGGACGAAGCCGGACCACCACGGCAGUUUCUACGAGAACACGAUCGUGGUCCAGUACGGCGUUGACGUGAUCGAGGCGUGGGACGAGGCCAAGCGGCUCCGUUGCGAGUGGCACGACGCCUACGAGAAGUCCGCCCUCAAGACGCCUUCUAUCCAGCUGGCGGACCUCGAGGUGCAGGAGCUCAACUUCCAAGGGGACAGCGUAGGCUGCUGGAUGGAGAUUCAGGAAGGCAAAGGUCCAUGGGCCAAGCAAGUGUCGAGCAUCGUGCCUCUGGGCAGCCCCCUCACCAUGGUCAUCGCCAUCAACGAUCGGGACAAGCAAUUCGACAUGCGCGUCAAGUCGUGCACCGCGCACGACGGUCUCCGGGGCCCCAUCCAACUGACGGACGACAGAGGAUGCGUGCUCAGACCCAAGAUGCUCACGGCCUUCAUGAAGGUCCGGGACUACAGCGGCAAGGCCAGCGUCGUCGCCUUCUCCCACUUCUACGCCUUCAAGUUUCCGGACACCAUCGAAGUGCAGAUCCAAUGCGUCGUGGAGAUCUGUCGCCACGGCUGUCCCGAAGACUGCCCUGCCAACCUGGAGCUCUUGCAACAGCAGCAGCAGUUGCAGCAAGAGCAGUCCAAGCAGCACGACGUAGAAAACCAAGAGCUGCAGCAGCAGCAGGUGCAGCAGCAGCAGUUGCAGCAUCAACUCUUGCAGCAACAACAAUUGCAGCAACAGUCGCAGCAACAACAGUUGCAACACCAGCAGCUCCAGAUGCAGCAGCUUCAGCAGCAACAGUUGCAGCAACAACAAAUUAUGCAGCAACAGAUGCAGCAGCAGCACCUCCAUCAUAUUCAGCUGCAGCUUCAGCAACAACAGCAACCGCACGUCGCGGAGUCCAACCAGUUCAAGAAGUUGGAGAAGCCACCGCCGUCUCCUCCGCCCCACAAGGACGGAGGCGGGGAGCAGAGCGAGCAACGUCCCUAUGUGAACACGGACCCCCGGCAUGCGCCAUUGAGGCACACUGUGCCACCAAAUGUUCAGGGAAUUACGCUGGAAACCAGGCCAGGUUAUCAUUUCCCUACUACUCCACCAGGGGUCCACUUGGGCCGACCAGAACAUCACCAAGCGACAUUCGCCGCAGCUCAUGUUCACGGACCCGCCCUGCACAUCCCGUUCCAGCCUCAGGGCCCUCACUUGAAGCCGAUGCCUAGGCGUCCUUCCUACGAAUCCAACGAAGUCGCACUCACGGAGCGCCCCCCUACACGCGAUGUCACAGAACUUCCUCGAUUUUCGCUGCCGCUUCCGGAGCAGAACUUUCCUCACGUACCGCACGUGACACCUCUGACAGUGCCAACUCCUCCAGCGCUGCCUCAGCUGAACCAGCCUUACCCAGACAGCAUAAAAGGACAUACUCUUCCACCCGGUCAGGAUACCAUAAGACCCGUCUACGUAACGCCGCCGGGGUUUCAACCUCAAAAAAGUUCGACAGAAAGUGAAGAAAAUCUGGAACAUUCGUAUGACGUGCCACCGCGGGUACCACAUUCCGUGACGACAGAGGCGACGUCGGAAAAUGACUUCAGAAUUCCCCCGCCCUCACGACCCUUUCCUCAGUUUUCAAAAGAUUACGCCAGUGACCAAGUAGCUCAGGGUGCUGAUGAUGAAGCGGAACAGAAUCCCCACUUAGUCCACAGCUCCGCGAGUCCCGUAUUUUUCUCUUACGCAACAAAUCCAGCUCGUCCUACCGUUGCCGCCGAUCGGGAGCCUGAAACCGUUAGGCUGGGUCCAAACCCGUCUGCCAAGUUCAGCGCCAUCAGACCCCACCCGGCGGUGGAUUCUGCAUACGUGGCAUCACCAUCGUACAAACCACCAAGGCCCUACUACCCUUACCCAAUACCACGGUUUGGUCCUGGCACCACAAACCCCGACUUCUUCCAAGAGCGACUGGACCUUGUCGAUCCCGAGCCUGAAGCGACACGUCCUUCUACAACAACCACCACGGAAGAGCCGGACAUGGUUCCUAAAGAGCCUAUUCAUUCGUCGAUCUCGAUGUCCAGCGGACGCUUCCCAAGUGGACCAAGGUCUCUGAAGACGAAGAGGAACGCUGCCGGGCCAUCGGACCAGUUAGGCGUCCGGGGUUCCCUGAUGGUCAUAGCAGGCGUUGAUCUGGCCUUUCUGCCCAAUGUCACCAGGGACGAUGCCAUGGUGUACACCGGCCGCUAUGAAGAAAUAAUCUACGGUGUUUGUUUACCGGCGACGGGGCUUGCAGCCAGCAUCGGUGUCUUCGUGCUGUUGAUACUGUGUACAAGCUGCAUCGCGGCAUACCUGUACUACGUUCUCAGGACAUACCAAGCAAAGUCAAAACAAUCGUUCAUUCUUCGCCGGUUUCUGCCCUUGUACAAAGGUCGUAAAGUGAAGCACUGAGGACAAUGUGCUGUUUAAAUAGGAGUGUUUCUCAGGAAACGGCAGGGAACAAUGUGCCCCGCGAGAGGUGUGUCACGAUGCAAUUGUCUCUGAAUCGUACCAUUGUGUGGAGGAGCUUGGCCUUCGUCCUUUAGCUAAGCAAGACAGUACCUUCUUUGAACAAAGAUCGUGAAAGAACUUGUAAGACAGGGUCGCCUUCGCCGAGCUCUGCCGAUGUUGUGACAGUCGAACUUUCUUUUUGUGUGACGCAAAAUACUGUGCACUUGCAGAGAACAAUUUACGUAACAUUUUGUUACCUUGUACAUUUGUUUCUGUGAAGUGGCUGAGGUCCUGUUUGACUGUCCUGGUAAGCCAUUGAAGGAAAUCGUUGAGUGUUUGCUUGUUGGUGCCGGAACACAAUUGUUAGACAUCCUUCAACUGUGCAACACGACGAUUGUGAAAUACCCUGCAAGACAGAGUCACGUUUGUUGAAUGCUAUUACAAUAAUGUGACGAUCGAACCUUCUUUUAAUGGAUGUUGCUUACUUAGCACUUGCGAAUGACAAUUUGCAGUGCAUUUUAAUUGUCGCAAACAUCUGUUUUUGCGAAAAUGAAUGACGUGUCUGUUUGCGCUAAGGUUAGCUACUGAAGGAACACGUAAGCAUUUGUUUGUUGGUACCGGUAUACAGUAAAUUAUUUAUUAAAUGUGUUUCCUAAAGCUAUGCGUGGAAAGGAUAGUGUGUUGUCAAUCUAUAUAUACAAUUUACAAAAUGAUCGACAUACUAGAUGUUUUAGUUCGAAGCUUAAAUAUUCAAAGUUAUAACUGUAUCUGAAUUGCCGACAGCGUAUCCUGUAGUAUAUAUGCGUCGCACCUUGAGUUCCACAAGCGACGAGCCAAGGAACAGGGCGGGUCCCGCUGUACGAUCUCCGACAAGCACGAGCAUAAGGACGGAUGAACUGAUUGAUACGGCUGAACCAUUUUAAUCAGGCGACGGCUUAUGCCCCCUAGCCAAAGCCGCAAAGAAGCUCUGGCUGGUGACAACAAACGGCGGCAUUAAUCGCAGGGCAGUUUUCUCGGCUGUGUGAUCGUACCUUAUUGUUGUGUGUUUGAGUGUCACUGCCUAAGACUGGCACACUUGACAGGAACCAGUCACUCAUGUCUCGCUCCUCUUUUUUGAUGACCAACUUCGGUUGUAUUUUUUCAUUGAUGUUCUACCUAACCCUGGAGAUAUUUCUCUCGAGAUACCUCGGCUGUGUUAAAUCGCACAGCGCGUGAUGAUGUUUCUUUUUUUCUUUUUUAGGGUGUCUUCAAGCGCUCUCGAAAUGUAAAAAAAAAACAAAUCUUUUAUAAAUAAACCAAUGAACAGAGUGCCAUGGAACUUUUCACGAAGGUGUUUCUAGGUGGUUCAUUGAUCUUUCUCGAAUUUCGCGACUGUGGGUUUCUGGGCCAAAAUUUAAGGAAAGAAAAGCGUGUUUUUUCCCUGUGCGCUGGAGGCUAACAGGAGCAAACCGUGGGGUUGAUUCUGAUAUUCCCAUAUUGUACAGCACACGCUUGGAUCUUUUGAAUCUGCAUUAGCGUGUUUAUCUUUAAAAAGAUAUAAAAAAAUAAAAACGUUUUUAGUCGUAUUAUGCGGUGCCCUACGGGAGUAUCAGCCUCGACAGGACGGUUUAACUGCAUUCCUCUCGCACAUUAAAAAAAAAAAAAAUUCUUUAAGACUUUGACAAUGUGCAUGCAUGAUUAAUGCACCACUAAAAACAAAACAAAACAAAAAAAAACAUUGUGAAAAGUUGUACGGCAGUCUGUCCCCUGGCUUAUUAUACGAAUUUUUUAAGCCCAAAACAGGCCCAAAAACGCCUCGUAGAACUGGCAAACCUGGGCGUUUCGUAAAUCGUACUUUUAAGUGUCAUGAGAAAAAAGAAAAUAUUACACGGAAGAUGUGAAGAGAAACAGCAUAGUCGUUAAGUUAGGAACCAACCACAAAGUAACAAAUGAUUAGUCGCGGGCUUUUCACGAUAUGUGUGGACUAGGUUCACCCAGUUUUGUCUACGAAUGAUAUAAUUAUUUUUAUGACUACUUUAUGUCACGAUGCUCACCCUUUUUAAUAUAGCAUGACGUCAAAUUUUACUAUCAAAACUCGCUCGUUGUACGUAAUUUGAUAUUUUAUGUGCACACUAACUUGUUCCUCAAUUUUCGACUGUAAAUUAAAGUUUCGCCAAUUUUCUUC